GCUAGACUAUUUGUAUUUUCAAAUUGUUCAUAUUAUUUUCACGUUUGUUGUUGCCCAAGUGAUUCGAGAUGCAAUUGACGCUGGAGCAAUUGGCGCGCAUUGCGCUGGGUGUGCCAGAGAUGAAUCAUGUGAAUGUCGCCGUGCUGCACAGCCUGCUGGAUACGAUGAUGAAGAAGUUGAAUUGCAAUCACGAUCUGGUGACGAUUGGGGGCUUCGAGGGCAAGUGCAUGGAGCGUUUGCUGGAGCGCUCGAAGGUGUCGCCACUGCCAUUCGAUUUGGCCAGCAUUGAGCCGAUUUCCACAGAACUGGACAAGAUGGCGGCCAUGGAGAAGCGUCUGGCCCAAGUCGAGUCGAAGCUCGAGUCGCACUUCAAGCAAAUACGCACCGUCAACAAGGUCAACUCGAAGAAGUACCAGAAGGAGCUGUGGGAACAGUACGCGUCGCCCUGCGAGGACCUCUGCACCGUUUGCGACGAGGAUAACAAGAUCGCCUGUAGCUUGCUGCAGAACAUGGACUUCAUGAAGAAACUGCUGCGACGCAUUGCCGCGCCCAUACUCGAAAUGAUAGAGAAACUGCAGGCGGAUCUAAAUCAAUUCUACAUCUCACUGACGGCAUUUUUGAACAAGACGCAGAAACUGUUCGAUCGACUCGAGCUGGUCAAGCAGUGCGUCAUCGAGAUUGAGAACUUGCGUGGGCUAGUCAAGGAGUACAAUCUGACCUUCAUUGGCACCAUGGAGGAGCUGCAGGAUAUGCUCGACAGCAAGUUGGACAAGGUCCACAUGCCGGCGCUCAAGAAAUACAUACGCGAUCGCUUCGACAAUAUCGAUCAGCGUUUGAGCAAGAUCGAGGACAAGGACACGUGUCCGCGUGCAGCUGGAUUCAUUAAUACGGGCAUUACGUGCAUCUCCUGCGGCAGCAAGAACAUUGGUGUCGAUGUCGGACCCUUCAACAUCGGACCCUUGCCGGAUGCCACACACCACGGUAAAUGCCCCAUUAUGCCGUUGAACUGCCAAAAGAACUUUGUGCCGCGCAGCCAUGACAAGGAGCCCACGCUGAUGGUGCGUGUCCAGAACCUGGAUCUGAAUCUGAUUGCCCAGCGACUGAAUCGUCCCAGCACAGGGAAAGUAUGCAAAUUGCCCGAGGCCAAUGAUACCAUCUAUGGCAUACGCAAUUCCACCUAUUCUGUCUAGCCCCAUGAGUACCGCUCAUAACUGUUUCAAGUUCAUUCAAAAUCGUUGCCGUUUAGUAGAGCUGACAGCCAGUUUUCUUCAACUACUCCAGCUACUCGGACUCUCCUCAGUUGCGUAAAAAAGUGCACUAAUUUAAAUGGUAAUUACCGGUAGUCCAGCUCUUUCGGACUCACUCGACUCUGGGCGCUGCCGCUGCAGCUGCAUUCGCCGCGAAAGGGGGAUUAGCUGGAGUGACAAACGAUCAACCAUAUCCGGUAGCCCGCGCAGUUCAGCUAAUGAUGCCAUUAAAAUGCAGCCGAGGCUAUCGAACUGGUUCUCUACCGCACACUCACUCACGCGGAGACUGAGACAGAGACAAACAAAGAUGGUGCGAGUUGAACAGAGAGAGAGAGAGAGGGAGAGAGAGAAAGAGAAGAGAAACGAGGUAACUCAGCUUGGUGAUAAAGUUUGCCAGCCUAAUGGAAAAAUCGGUUAAGAGCAUUCAAAUUUCCUUUAAUAACUCAACUUUUAUAACGGGCUCUUACUCCAAUCUACACAAGUGAUUUCAAAUAAAUUAACUAGAGUUAAUUAUAAA